AUGGAGAUCCAGCUCGAUACCCGCAGCAUCAUGAACACCACCGACCACAGUUAUUUCGGUGGGAGAGGCCCUCAUAUUACCCAUAUACCGCUGGAGUCAAUCUCGAAACUGGCCCCGUUCAGCGCCCUAAUCAUCAGCAUCAUAUUCGUCAUCUACUUCGUCAUCCGACUCUACAUCCUCGAAGGGUACCUUUUGCGGAGAGUCUACGGCGAUAUAUACACGAGAAUGGACGAAACAACGAGAAGGGGAUUUGUAAAUCACCAUAUCGCCGGCGCGACAAAGCUUACGAUCCUUGUCGUAGCAGCGUAUCCGUUCAUUGAUGUUGCUUUUGGAAAUUCCACGCUCCAUUCGAGCUUCGCCGGGUCCAAGAUCGUCACUCAGGGGGAUAUAUUGGUCGUCGCAGCGCAAGCCCUCAUAGCUAUGUAUGUGUUCGAGUUGUUCUACCGGCCGAAGAUAUCACCUGUCAGUGCCGGGCAUCACAUUGGAACCAUCAUGAUUGGGCAAUCUGCGAUAGCCAUUUCCUUAAAUCUUGUGCGCGAGAAGGAUGCCACCAUUGAGUUCAUCCUUUGCACGGUGUGGGGUGCCUUUGACAUCGUCUCCGAAUUCCUUCCACACGUCUCCAUCAUCCUAUACCGCGUCUACCCCACAUCCCACAGAUUCCUCCGCAAUAUCUUCUGCAUGUCCUGUAUCACCACUUUAACAGGAACGGUGGCUGAGACGAUACUUACAAUGUACCUAUUCGGGAGUCUUUGGGACCGGUGGACUAUCGCCUUCAAAGUGGCCACCCCAAUGCUACAUGUCCUUUUUGCGUCCUGCCAGAUGUGGGGGAGUUGGAACUUCUACAAGAUGUACCAAAAGCAAAAGAGGACCAUAGAGAUGAAGGAGAGUGGACUUAACGAUGUGGAACUCGCGCCACAAAAGGACGAGUUGAAGGCCUCGGAGCCGCUGAAAAUUUAUCAUGCAACCGAGAGGACUUCCGCUGAAGUCUUGAUCAGGAUUCCAGAGCAAUCACACCGACCUGCACAAUAG